CGGGCUGGAUGUCCCUUCACAUGUCGGAUUUAGUGGAUCAGCCGGAUUGUCCAAAAAGCUGGUGCGGCAACUUUUCCCUGCAUAUUUCCCCCCCACCCGAAUAUGUCGUUGACCAACACAAAGACAGGCUUUUCUGUAAAGGACAUUUUGGACCUUCCUGACACAAAUGACGAAGAAGGAUCUAUCACCGGAGCGGAGGAAGACACGGAGGGAUCGGAGACCACGUCCACGACAAAAAACACUGGAGUUUUGGUGCAAAGUCCUCUAGAAAACGUUCAAAAUCUGCCUUUAAAGAACCCCUUUUAUGACAGUAGUGACAAUCCUUACACACGAUGGCUUGCUACUACGGACAGUAUUCAAUAUUCAUUGCACGGUCUAUCCGCCAGCUCUCAGGACUCGGCCAAGUCCCCGGAGCCGUCCGCGGACGACGAAUCGCCGGACAACGACAAGGAAACUUCCAGCAGCGGCGGCAGUGACUCCGGCAAGAAGCGGAAAAGGAGGGUGUUGUUUUCCAAGGCGCAGACCUACGAGCUGGAGCGCCGCUUCAGGCAACAGAGGUACCUGUCCGCCCCGGAGAGGGAGCACCUGGCCAGCCUGAUCCGCCUCACCCCGACCCAGGUGAAGAUCUGGUUCCAGAACCACCGGUAUAAGAUGAAGAGAGCCCGGGCCGAGAAAGGUAUGGAAGUGACCCAUCUCCCUUCUCCCAGGCGGGUGGCCGUGCCCGUCUUAGUCAGGGAUGGAAAGCCUUGUCACACUCUUAAAGCUCAGGACUUGGCGGCCACUUUUCAGGCCGGGAUCCCCUUCUCGGCUUACAGUGCCCAGUCACUCCAACACAUGCAGUAUAACGCGCAGUACAGCGCCGCGGCCACGCCACAGUUCCCCACAGCACAUCAUUUGGUGCAAACGCAACAGUGGACUUGGUGAGAGAAAUUAUAGAGACUUGGCUUGGAGGCACGAUAGGGAGUUUCACCACAAAGCAAAGAAAAAAAAAACAAACACAAAAAACAAAAGACUUUUCAUUUUUGCAGCUUGACUCAUAUAUAUACUACCAUUUUUAUUCGGGGCUCAUGUGUGCGCCGUGUUUACAUGUUUUCGUUAAGAGAACUGGGUCCA